AGGCUGUCUUCAGAGCCCACGUGUUCGCGGAGCAUGGCGGAGAUGGAGAGUCGGGGCCUGGCUGAGUCUGUGUCCCCCGGGGGCGCGGCCAGGAGCGGCCCCCAGCCCGCCGACCGUGAGGGCCUGCUGAAGCAGAGCCGCGAGUUCCUGGACUUCUUCUGGGACAUCGCGAAGCCGGAGCAGGAGACGCGGCUGGGCGCCACGGAGAAGCUGCUGGAGUACCUGCGCGCGAGGCCCCAGGGAUCCGAGAUGAAGUACGCCCUGAAGCGCCUGAUCACCGGGCUCGGGGUCGGGCGAGAAACCGCCCGGCCCUGCUACAGUCUGGCCCUGGCGCAGCUGUUACAGUCUUUCGAAGACAUCCCCUUGUGCAGCGUCUUGCAGCAAAUACAAGAGAAGCAUGACCUGCAGAAAGUUAAGAAGGCAAUGAUGAGACCUGCUCUUUUUGCAAACCUGUUUGGAGUUCUGGCCCUCUUUCAGUCAGGCAGGCUAGUGAAGGACUCAGAGGCACUGAUGAAGUCAAUAAAGCUGCUGCAGACCCUGGCCCAGCACUACAACCACUUGCAGGAACAGCCCCAGAAGGCCCUGGUGGACAUCCUCUCUGAGGUUCCAGAAGCCACGUUGCAGGCGAUCCUGCCGAAAGUCCUCAAGGCGGACUUGAAUUCAGUGCUGGGCUCCCCUGAGCACCUGGAGCUCUUCCUCUUGGCCCAGCAGAAGGUGCCGGAGAAGCUCAAGGAGCUGAUGGGACCAGUCAACCUGUUCUCAGAUGAGAACAUCCCCAGACUGGUGAGUGUCCUGAAGACAGCAGCUUCUUCUGUGAAGAAGGAGCGCAAGCUGCCCGCCGUGGCCCUGGACCUGCUCCGCCUGUCGCUGCAGGAGGACAGGUUCGCCCGGUUCUGGAAGGAAGUUGUGGAGCAGGGGCUGUUGAAGAAGCAGUUCUGGCCCGCCAGCUACCUGUGCUUCCGCCUGCUGGGCGCGGCGCUGCCCCUGCUGUCCAAGGAGCAGCUGGCCCUGGUGAUGCAGGGGGACCUGAUCCGGCACUUUGGGGAGCACACCGUCACCGCUAAGCUCCCAAACCAGUUCAAGUUUGCUCCGGAGAUGAACGAGUACGUGGGUGCCUUCCUGGAAGGCUGCCGGGAUGACCCCGAGCGGCAGUUGGCCGUGGUGGUGGCCUUCACCUGCAUCACCAACCAGGGCCUCCCUGUCCUGCCCACGUUCUGGAGGGUCGUGCGGUCCCUGAAUCCCUGCGCCCUGAAGGGCUAUGUGGCCUGGCUACGGAACAUGUUUCUCCGGCCCGACCUGGACUCCCUGGUGGACUUCAGCACCAGCAACCAGAAGAAAGCCCAGGAUGCUUCGCUGCACGGGCCUGAGCGAGCUGUGUUCCGGCUGCGGAAGUGGGUCAUCCUUCGCCUGGUCAGCCUCGUGGACGCCUUGCAUGCGGAGAACGAGGACGACGUGAUUGAGGACGUGGCCAGGUUUUGUUUCUUCCACUCGUUCUUUGAGACGAAGAAACCCACGGCCCAGAUUCCGGAGACGGAGCAGCAGCUCUCCUUCCCCCUGGAGAGUCGGACCCGGGAGGUGGUCGGCGGUGCCUUCUUCAGCCUGCUGCAGACCAUCAGCACCCAGUUCAGACAGGUGCCGGAGCAGACCCAGAACGGGCAGCCCUGGACCCACCGCCUGGUACAGUUUGCAGACUUGCUGUUGAACCACAGCCGCAACGUGACCGCCCUGACGCCCUUCAGCACGCAGCAGCGCCAGGCCUGGGACCGGAUGCUGCAGACGCUGAAGGAGCUGGAGGCCUGCUCCCCGGAGGCCAAGGCCAAGGCCAGUGCCUUUCAGCACCUGCUCUUCCUGGUGGGCAUCUACCUGUUCAAGUCCCCUGCAGAGAGCUCUGACCUCCUGGGGGACAUCCAGACCUGCAUCAAGAAGAGCCUGGCGGAGAAGACACGCCGGACCCGCUCCAAGGCUGCGACCCCCCAGGAGCCGCCGUGGGUGGAUGUGCUGGUGGAGAUCCUGCUGGCUCUUCUGGCCCAGCCCAGCCACCUGAUGCGCCAGGUGGCCCGGAGCGUCUUUAGCCACAUCUGCGCCCACCUGACCCCACGUGCUCUGCAGCUGAUUUUGGACGUGCUGAACCCCGACAAGAGCCCGGACGAGGACAGUGUGGUGGUCACAGACGAGUCCGAGAAGCAGCUGGACAGCGGGGAGGACAAGAGCUCGGGCAGCGAGGACGAGAGGCGCUCGGCCGGCGAGGAGGACAGUGACGAGGAAGACAGCGCCGAGGAGGACCGGGACGGCGACGUGGACCAGGGCUUCCGGGAGCGGCUCAUGGCCGUGCUGCAGGCGGGGAAGGCGCUGGGCGCGGUGGACGGGGAGGAUGACGACGAGGAGCUGGGGGACGAGGCCAUGAUGGCCCUGGACCAGAGCCUCGCUAGCCUCUUCGCCGAGCAGAAGCUACGCAUCCAGGCCCGGCAGGACGAGAAGAACAAGCUGCGGAAGGAGAAGGUGCUGCGGCGAGACUUCCAGAUCCGGGUCCUGGACCUGGUCGAGGUGCUGGUGACCAAGCAGCCGGAGAACCCGCUGGUCCUGGAGCUCUUGGAGCCCCUGCUGGACAUCAUCCGGCGCAGCAUGCGCACCAGCAGCUCCAAGCAAGAGCAGGACCUCCUGCACAAGACGGCCCGCAUCUUCACACACCUGUGCCGGUCCCGGCAGUGCUGCCACGACGGGGGCCGCGGCGUGGGGUCUCUGUACGCGCAGGUGGGGCGGCUGGUGCAGCAGGCUAGCCGCCAGGCCGACACCUCCAUCUCCCUGUACCACUUCAACGCGGCCCUCUAUCUGCUCCGCGUUCUGAAGGGCGGUGCCGCCGCCUCGGUCUGCCAGCCCCAGAAGAAGGAGAAAGCCGGCCCCAAGCCCAAGGGCCCAGAGGCCACCGGCUGCUUGGAUCUGAGCCUCGUGACCCCGAUCUACUCCUCGGCGCUGAUCUCCUUCCUGACCAGGCGCAACAGUCCACUCACCAUCCCCAUGUUCCUCAGCCUCUUCUCCCGGCACCCGGCGCUCUGUAAGAGCCUGCUCCCCGUCGUGAUCCAGCACGUGACGGGCCAGGCACGGCCCCGCCAUCAGGCCCAAGCCUGCAUGCUGCUCCAGAAGACCUUGCCCACGCGGGAGCUGCGGGUGUGCUUUGAGGAUCCCGAGUGGGAGCAGCUGGUCAGCCAGGUCUUGGCACAGGUCGUGGAGAACCUGCGGACGCUGGGUGAGGCACAGACCAAGUCGGAGCAGCAGAAAGAACUAUCCUCCUUGGGGCUGCUCAACACUCUCUUCAGGACUGUCCAUCAGGAGAAGCUGACCGUGGACCUGACCGCCGUGCUGGCAGUGCUGCAGAGCCAGCAGCAGAAGCUGCCGCAGGGGGACCGCGCGGCCGGCUCCAGCCGCCUCUGCGACCUCUACUGGCAGGCCAUGAAGGCCCUCGGAGUCCAGCGCCCCAAGGCAGAGAAGAAGGACACCAAGCAAGUCCCCAGCGUCACACACAGCCCCGUUAGCACGAAGAGGAAGAAAAAGGGGUUUUUGCCAGAGACCAAGAAGCGCAAGAAGCGCAAGUCAGAGGGUGCCGCGCCUGAGGAGGAGUCCAAGCCCGCUGCCUCCGGGGGGGACCAGCCUCCCAGCAAGAAGAGGAGGAAGAAGAGGAAGGCCCAAGGGCCAGCCCAGGCCCAGGCGACACCUGCUGUCAAGAGGCCGGCCCCAGACGCCACCAGCACCAGCCCUGGCACUCCUGCCACGACCCCAAAGCUGCAGAAGAAAAAGCGGAGGCUGUCCCAGGUGCACGGAGCCACGCCCGUGUCCCCCGCGGCACCUGCCGGCAAAAAGCAGCCUCAGAAGGAUCUGCCGGAGAAGGGGGUGUCUGGCAAGACGCCCCAGUCCGCGCUGCCGCGGAAGAAGGCCAGGCUGUCUUUGGUCAGCAGGAGCCCCAACCUCCUCCAGAGCGGGGCUAAGAGAAAGAAAGCGUCGCUCAAGAAGGCCAGGAAGCCCUGAGCCGCCCCCUCCCCCCCCCGCCGGGUUUACGCUGCACGAAGUACCAGCGUCCGGCACCGGAGGGAGCGUGUCCGCAGGGCCCCUCGUGUCCCCACCCCAGGCUGCCCUGCCCUGGGAGCCAGCGCGGCGUGAUUUAAAUAGGUUUAUUCCUUCAUUUACAAGAGGAAUAUAUUUGGCUUCUCUCUUAAGACUCUGAGAUUCACAGUCAGCAGCUCUAAAAAAUAAAGGAGCGGCUUGGCUUCCGGAAGGAAGAACAGGCAACACUUGGACCUGGUUCUUGCACAACAAGAAAACGUCGCUGGGGGUCCCACCCGGUAGGUGCCCCAGAGCCUGCGCACGCUGAAGCCGCACUAGCUGCUCGGCAUGGGCCAGGCGGCUUGCGGGGGCUCCUGCGGCCACCUGGGUUCCAGCAGCCGGGCAGGGAGCGGGGAGAGGGGGAGUGCAGACGGCGGGCGGCCUGCGUGUGGGGCGGGCCUCGACCUCCCGGCCCCAGCCAGGGACAGGAAGCCUCGCAGGGUGGCUGCGUCCUCUGCAGCCAGAACCCUGGCUGCUGCCGUGCAGGUUCUGGGAAUAGUCCCCUGGGUCCUGCCCCUGGAAGGGCCCAGUCUGGGGGCAGGAGUCUGUGCCAGGAUGCCGGCGUGGGAGAGGGGAGGCGGGUGGCCGCGGGGCUCAGGCCUGGGGGACGUAGGUGGGGUGCAGAUGCGCCAGGGCCUUCACCCCUGGAGAUGCCAGCCCCCUGGUGGAUGGCCCCACCGGGGAGGACCUGUGGGCAGAGAGCCAGCCGGGCAGCCGAGGCCCGUGUCCUCUGGAGGGAACCAGCCAGGCUCUGCCCGGAGUCCGUCCCCGAGCCGGAGGUGCCGCCCUGAGGCUGGACCGCCUUCUCUCCGCAGUCCGGGAGCCC